AUGACCACUAUGGACGAAGUCAUCUCAGAGCUGGCUGAGCAGCAGCCGGAAACCUCCGUCCCCGAAUCCCGGGUCCUCAUUAUCAUGACGGGAGGAACGAUUUGCAUGCGACAAUCGCCGUCAGGUUUCAUCCCGGCCAGAGGUUUCCAAGAGCACUGCCUAGCCCGAGUGCCCACGUUCAACGAUGGCUCUCGGUCGACCAAUAUGGACGUGGUCGUAGAUGCAGCCGGAACGGUCAAGGGACAUACAAGCUUGCGCACUCCCCAGACUGCGUACGGCCGACGGGUCCGAUACACGGUCUUCGAAUUCGACGAGCUUCUGGACAGCAGCUCGAUCGACGCCAAAGGUUGGGCGCAGAUCGCAGAAACGGUGAAACUAAACUACAUCCACUUUGACGGCUUCGUCGUGCUCCACGGCACCGACAGUCUGGCAUAUACUUGCUCGGCACUCAGUUUCAUGCUGCAGAACCUCGGAAAGCCGGUGGUUCUGACGGGGUCCCAGGCGCCCAUGCUUGAAUUGCAGAAUGACGCCACGGAUAACCUUCUGGGUUCGCUGGUGGUAGCCAGCCACUUCAUGAUUCCGGAAGUGUGUCUUUACUUCAACAACCGACUCUUCCGUGGAAACCGGGCGUGUAAGGUAUCGGCCAGCGACUUUGCCGCGUUUGCGUCGCCCAAUUGCCCCCCGCUGGCCGUGACGACUUCCAUGCGCACCAACGUCGACUGGGAGCUGGUCAACCGACCCAAUAACAUCGAGCAUUUCAACAUCCAGACCAAUCUGGACACCACCCACGUCGCUUGUCUUCGCAUAUUCCCCGGAAUCAAGCCGGAGAUGGUCGACGCUGUGUUGCGAUUGGAAGGACUCCGUGGUCUAGUGCUGGAGACAUUCGGGGCGGGCAACGCCCCCCACGGACAGGACAAUGCCAUGACCAAGGUGUUUGCCGAUGCUAUCAAGCGAGGCAUCGUCAUUGUCAACGUAACUCAAUGUCUGACUGGCAGUGUGAGCCCGGUCUACGCCACGGGCAUGAGUUUGUCGCGGGCUGGUGUUGUCGCCGGACUUGACAUGACGACGGAGGCCGCGCUGACCAAGUUAGCCUACCUUCUGGCCCUUCCGGAUUCGUCGCCGGAGACCGUGGCCAAGAACAUGUCCAUCUCCCUGCGCGGCGAAUUGAACGAGGUCUCGCAACCGGUGUUCCGUCAUCCGGACGGCGCCCUUCCUGAGCGAGUCCAGGCCCUCACGAUCCUGGGGUACGCGAUCGCGCAAGGCGACCUCGAACGAGUGCAGGAUAUCAUGAAGGUGGAGCACCACUGGAUCCUGAACGACGCCGACUAUUCGGGCAACACUCCGAUCCACCUUGCUGCCUCGUCGCCAUCCCUCCCCAUUCUGCGGUGCCUGCUGCUGCAAGGUGGUUCGGUGCACAUUCGAAACCGGAGCGGUCGCACGCCCUUGUUCCUGGCGGCCAACGCCAACCUCUCGGAGCACGUUCUGCUGCUGCGCAAGUCGGGGGCGCAUUUGCAUUCCGACGAGCGGCCCGCGGCGACGCUGCUUGCGCGACGGAGACCGGGGAUCUGGGGCUUGGCUGGGAUUGGACCUCGGGAGAUCAGUGAGAGGGAGAUGGACGAAGAAGCGGGGGAGCGCCAUCUGCAACGAGCGAUGGCGGGAUCGGCGCCCUGA